CUACGCUUGCUUGAGGUCGGAUCGCCUCUCACUGCGUCUCCGAAUGUCAUCCCGCAUGUUCAUUGGAUACUAAGCUUCGAAAUUGUCCGGCUCAUGCUCGAUGCGCGAAACCGCUUUUCUCAAGAUUGUCCAAUCUUCGCAAUUGACCAGCCUUUUUUUAUUCGAGCUACCGAUAUGAGAUUGAUACAUUUGACCACAUACAACCAUAUCUCCCAUGUGUUCAAGCCUUCUUGAAUUCGACUCUCUAGGGUGUGGGUAGUCGUCGACAAGCAACGCAAAGAGGACGGAGCUUUCGACCGCUGGGCCAGAGGACGGAACCAUGACGGAUACCAGCGAGCCCAGGCCACCGACGUCGGCCUAUGAAAGUCCAACUUUCGGCGAAGACAGUUCUUUUCACGUGGAGCAACCGGUCGGGUCCAUGUCUAUAUCGCCCUGUGGACGUGAUGUGGUACUAGCUUCCAAGGAGGGUCUGCAUGUAAUUGACCUAGACUCCCCCUACUCUCCACCCCGAUACUUGCCUCAUCACACACCAUGGGAAGUCGCGGAUGUACAAUGGUCCCCCUUCGCGGCCCGAGACUACUGGGUGGUCAGUACGUCGAACCAGAAAGCCCUGGUCUGGAACCUGGGGAUGAAAACACCGGAGAGCUCAAUUGAGCAUGUACUGCAUGCGCACACGCGUGCCAUCACCGACAUCAACUUCUCGGCGCAUCAUCCUGACAUGUUGGCCACUUGUGCCGUUGACAGUUUUGUUCACUGCUGGGAUUUGCGCAUCACCUCCCGGCCCGCCAUCUCGUUCUCUGACUGGCUUGCCGGUGCGACCCAAGUGAAGUGGAACCGACAGGAUCCCAAUGUCAUCGCGAGCUCGCAUGACAAAUUCUUGCGGAUCUGGGACAAGAGAAUGGGCGCGUAUCCGAUCACUUCUAUUAAGGCGCACGACACCAAGAUUUACGGUGUCGAUUGGAAUCGAGUACGACCCGGAGCCCUGACGACCUGCUCCCUGGAUCGGACGAUAAAAUUUUGGGAUUAUACAGUCAAUACAGAGACUCCUGAGAAGGUAAUCAGAGCGCCAUUCCCGGUGUGGCGCGCACGGAACACACCAUUCGGUUGGGGUGUCUUGGCCAUGCCGCAGAGAGGUAACAGUGAUCUUCACUUGUACAGUCGUAGACUAGGAGAAGGCGCCAGCCCCGACGAGGAUCUCCCCUUGGUUCACAGUUUUCCAGGACAUAAAGGUCAAGUGAAGGAGUUCCUGUGGCGAGCUCGUGGGGGUAUAGCUGAUGGAAUUGAUCAUAGAGAAUUCCAGCUCGUCUCCUGGGGCACCGACCGAGAACUCCGACUGCAUAGAGUCGACCCGGACGUCUUACGGAGAGUGGGCUAUGAGAAAGGGAAGUCAUUUAUCUCCAACUUGAAUCUUACCCGUAAAGACACAGGGUCCCUCUCGCCUAAGACCCAGCAAAGCGCCACACCACAGAACUCCCGUAAUAAGGGACUCAAUACGAUCUCAAUUCCAUAUUCGCGCGGCUGGACCCAAGGCGGAGGCAACCCUGACUCCAGAAUCGGCAUGCAGGGCCGGACGAACUUCCGAGCCGAUACAAACCCUAUUGCAUGGAUGCGAGGCGUUAAAAUAUCCGGCUGGGAUAUCGAGACACUGGGUGAUGAGAUCACUCACGUUGGAGAAAAGUUCACCAAGGUUGUAUUCGAAUCUGUUGACGUCAGGCAAAGGAAAGCGAUGAUAUCUCUUAACGGACCCUGGGGAACCGACAGCGACUCUCUAUUCUUGAAAGUCGAUAUCAAAUUCCCAAGCGAUUAUCCGAGAGCUUCCAUCCCUACGUUCAAUGUGCAGAAGACUGCCGCUGUCACCGACGAGCUAGCCGAUAGACUCGUGACCGAGAUUCGCAAGAUAGCAGAAACAUAUCUUACUCACAAGAGAGGCUGCUUGGAGGGAGUCGUCCGUUAUCUAUUGGGCGAGAGCACCCUCGAGGAGAGCAUAUCAUGGAUCUCUGGAGAGACAGCCGAGACUGUGAAAUCUCCCAUCAAUGGCCAGCUUGAAGGUGAAGAGUCAAGUGACGAAGACGAAGUGGGCCUUUCUCAAAGCCAAGAUUUGAGCAUGAGUUCUGAACUGCUUCGUCCAGUCAAUGCCAACGUCAUGGUACCUGUUGCCAAAGGAUGUGGUGCGUUGUGGGCAAAUGAUGGCCGCUUGGUAUGCUUUUUUCCCUCCAAGAAUGACAGAUCGGAGGAUUGGAUGGAAAACCUAGGCUUGAGGGAGAUGUCCAGGCUUUCGCGAGCCGAUAAGGUCUUUGAAGGUUUUGGCCGGUUGCAGACGAGCUCGCCUGGUCCGCGGCCCUCUGCUACGAUCGCUAGCACUGACGAUGGUGCCUCGGAGUAUUCCGAUGAUUCAGAUGCCGAGAGUUCGAGCUCCUCUGGGUCCUCGGGGAUCCUAUCGGGCUUGCAGCAUCGAUUUCCCACCCCUCAAACAUGGAGGAGUGGUGGCAGUCUGGGGAUCUAUAGACCCCGUUCCACGGACAAUUCCCAGAGGUCUAUUGCUGGAGCGGUAACCACGAAAUCAUCUGAUCCGCCUCAAAAUGUGAUAUCAAUCCACGACUUCAGGGAUAUUCUGCCUGCGAAACGUGAAUUAGCUGUCGGAUAUCGCAUCCGUGGCAAAGUCACGGAUGUAUGUGCUCACAACUCCGCUGUUGCUCUCGACCACGGCUACCAUGAGCUAGCCCGGAUCUGGGGACUCUUAAGGCUUAUACUUCACAAUCGGAAAACCUCAAUGCUUUCCUCAAGCCUUGACCAUCAGGGAACGUCUCCGCGCAUCCAGCGAAAAGACAGUGCCAUCGAUCUCGCUUACGACGCGAAAGGCCAUGACAGGUUUUCAAAGGGGUCUCAGACCCCCUCAAUAAGAUGGGGGGACCACCCUUUCGGGAGCAAUUGGCUUAUCCCAUCUUUGUUCGAUCACUUUGAACGGGCCGGCGAUGUACAGAUGAUCGCCAUGUUGUCAUGUGUCCUGCACGAGCCAGAUAAUGAAGUGAUUUCGGCGAAGGAGAAGGUUCAACACAGCAGGAGUGCCUCUAAGCGCAUGGAAGAGCAUUCGUUCUCGUUCGACUUCUACCCCCCACAUACAGUAAUCCACAACAGAUCACAUACCGCGACACCUCUUGCUACUACGCCCAAAGAUAGUCAUACGACCCCAAUAACCCACAGUUCUGGACGGUCAUCCUCCGAGAUCUGGCGUGUAGAUUCCACUCCCCCUUAUUCUACGGGAACGACUCCUCCCCUAAACUCCCGUGUCGCGGCCCUACCGGCCGACAGAAAAACUUGGAGUCAAAGUGUGUCGAUAGCAGCCUCUCCCGACCAACAGUCUCAGCCGCGCAGUGCAUCGGGGCUUGGUUCUGUUCUCGCCUCUUCUCUUUCCCGGUCUUUCACCUUUGGGCCUUCUUCGGCCUCUCCCCCGGCUACUGCGCUGACGAAAAAGAAGCAAAGUCCAAGUGGCAGCCUGCAUACGACUGGCGGAUCCGGCAUGUGGGUUACAAGUGCUUUUGCGGCAAAGCCUGCUUCAGCGAUUCCGGACUAUUUGACUACCUCCACUGCACUAACAUCACAAACACAUUCUGACACGGAAAGUGAGAGGCCUUCGCCAUCUAAGCCUCGGGUUAAAAUGCAAACAACAUUCAAAAACCAGAAUGCCUUCGAUUGCGGUAGCUCACAGAACACGUUUCUGGACCCAAAGAAAGAAUCCCUCUACCGAUCAUAUCGGUCAGCAUACGCUCAUUUACUGUCAAUCUGGGCUCUACCAGUUCAACGCAGCGAGGUUCUCAAGAUUGGUGGAGUGGCCAGCUCUCCCAAGGAACUUCAUGUUCCCCAUAGAAGCCCCAAUGGUCACCAUGAUUCAUUUUCCUUCCCAGUCUCAAAGCAUCGAGGUGCAACGGUUGUACCUAGCGAUAUGGAAAACCAAGGCCUGGAUAUCCAGCGUCACUGCAACAAAUGUGGACAGGCACUUCAACAUUCCAUCUUCGCUACGAAGGCCGUCACUGAAGCGAUGGCUUCUCGAAAUCACAUGAAGGGGACACCGACAUCUACCAUUACGUGUUCGAAUUGCAACCCAAACCAGUCACUUGCUCUGAAGUUGCCCUGUGUGAUCUGUGGUGAGGUCGUUGACGGCAUGCUCAUCCCCUGCCUCGGCUGCGGUCAUGUCAGCUGCUUUGACUGCCAUCGAGGCUGGUUCUCAAUGGCUUCAGCAGAUCCUCAUCUUGAUCAUCAUAAUGAUGAGUACGAGGAAUACAGAUACUGCCCGAGUGGCUGCGGUUGCAAAUGCUCCGACUUUAUCGACACAGAUUGUACAUCUCCUUGGGACGUAACUACAGACCUACCAAGUCCGCAAGAACGUGAAAUUACCCAGACUCGACAUCGAAGUAAGAAGUCUGAUGGGGCAGUUUCCACAAAACAUACGGGGGAUCACGCCACGGCGCUCAACAGUGCUCAACAGGGAGAAGACACCGAUCGGUCGCCGAGCGUAUCCCCUUUUGCGUCUCUUGCAAAAGGUUUGGGUGGAGGGUUGACUAGAGGGCUGCGCUUACGGGACGAUAAACGAAGAUCGAAGUUGUCCGCGGCAUCGUUCGUCCCCAAGAAGUCUUCGAUGAACCAAGUUGAGAAUAGAUGAGAGCUACCAUAUUCUGUCUUUUUUAGCGAGCGACAAUUUAUUAAUACCCUUU